AUGCGCUCGAUAUCCGCCCUCCCUUUUGCGAUUGCAGUCUUGCUCCUGCAUACGACGGUCCUCGCCUUCCCGACCUUCUCUCUCACAGACAUCACGGCACGCCUCGGCCUCGAACGAAGAAAGAUUACAAAGAUCCUCGCGCCUACGGUCGUGGGAUUGUACGUUUGCACGGAUGCGGACUGGAAGGGAACUUGCAAGGACUUGAGGAAUGGGCCUGGGUUGUGCAUAAACUUUCAAGAGCCAUUCGCUGCGAAUAUCAGUAGUCUUGGACCAGACUCGGAAGUCAGCGGGUGUACACUUUACGAGAAGGAGGAUUGCGACUUGAGCGGAGAGUUCGUGGCGAACAUCAAGAAGCCGGGAUUGGCGAAUUUGGGCAGCAGUCCACAGGCUGGCCGGUACAAUGACAACCUCAGGAGCUAUGUCUGCUAUUGA